AUACACACACACACAUGUACGUACAUACACACACACAUGUACAUGCACACAGACACAUGUACACAUACAUGUACAUACAAGCAGACACAUGUACAGAUACACACAUGUACAUACACACAGACACAAACACACUCUAAAAAGUUGCAGUACUUCGCUGCUCACUCACAGAGCCGGGUACUGCACUCUAGGGGGAGGCAGAGAGCACAGCACACACCCCUUGCUUUGCUUUCACUGCGCUCAGCUACUGAGCGGUCUGACGGCUCCCAGUGCCAAUGACAGAUCCGGCCUGAGCUCCGAGCCUGCUCAGGAAGACAGCCCUGGGGGACACGCUUGCCCCCACCUUAAUUUCCACUUGCCAUUGGCGAGCAGUCGAGUGGAAAUUUCAAGCCCUGCACUAAAUCAUAAUGAU